UUCACGCGGGAGUCAUUCAACGUGUUAUUCCAAGUUUUACUCUGUCUUGUCACAACAAUAACUGAAUAUUCCCCCUGUUUUUAAUCAGAAUUUGUCUCUUUACGCGUAUAUAACUACAACUGAACAGGUGGGAUGAUGUUGAGCCCGAAGCUGCUGACCCUGGUGCUGGUGGUCCAACCGGGCAGGGUUCUGCUGGGCAUGAAGAAGAGAGGGUUCGGGGUUGGGAAGUGGAAUGGCUUUGGGGGCAAAGUUCAGCCAGGAGAAACUAUAGAAGCCGCUGCAAAAAGAGAACUGCUCGAAGAAAGUGGUCUCACAGUGGAUGCUCUUGAGAAGAUUGGAAAUAUCAAAUUUGAAUUUGUUGGAGAAACACAACUGCUCGACGUCCAUAUUUUUAGAGCAGACACUUUUAGCGGAGAACCAACGGAGUCAGAUGAGAUGAGGCCUCAGUGGUUCGAACUCGAUAAAAUCCCCUUCAGUCAAAUGUGGGCUGAUGAUAUCCUGUGGUUCCCGUUGAUGCUGCAGAAGAAAAAGUUUGUUGGCUACUUCACGUUCCAAGGUCAUGAUGUGAUCCUCAGCCAAAAACUGGAGGAGGUGGAGGCGCUGUGAAAAAACCUGGAUGUGUACGGUGCUGAUGGAAGUCAUGACUGGAGAAAAAAAAAAAAAAGCAUCAGGCUUUCACAAUUCUUCUGUAAAAGUAGAUGAAACAUUCAGAGUUCUAUGCUCAGUUUCGGUAGAAAGAAAUACCCAUGACCUGAGGACAAUGUCAGCUAUAUGUUUUAUCUGUAGCACAUUGAGGGUUUGUUUCUGUAAACAUGUUUAAUUCCGUGUUCUUUUAAUCAUAUCAUUACCCCGCCCCCCAAAGAGGAAGCAAGGGGUAGUUUUUGGUUCGGUUUCUUUGUUUGUUAAUACUCUAGCAGUAAAACUAUUGGCUGAAAUCAUACCAAAUUGGGUUUAUAGAUUGCCAGUGACCCAGCAUAGAUGUCAUUGUAUUUUGUUAAAAGUAGGUCAAAGUUGAAAUUUUUUAUGAAUUUUUUACAUUUUUUUUCCCCCAUUUACUUAUAAUGGG